AAUAGGACAGUAGAAAGAUGGCGUCUCUCCAACGAGAAGCAGCUGAUCUCCUCUGCACGGCAGCACUAACGCAGAUCUAAUAAACACGACGCCCACGGAGCUGUCUGCGUUCACACAACCGCAUGUUUGUGUGGAAAUGAUGUAGCAAACUAAAGAGGACACGGCGUACCUGGUAUUUGUGUGUGUUUAGCCCGAGCAGAGCGGCGCUGUCAGAGGCGAGUGUCGCAGCAGCCUAUGGCGCUUCCCUGCGCUCUGUUUAUCUCUCUAGUACGGGCUUCAUGCUUUUCCAUGGCGCUGGACACGACAACAGCAGGCCAUCCAACCCCUGCUCCGCGCUUUGAGGCACUCGGAUCAGACAUGAACACCAGUCCCUGUCAGUGAUACCCCCAGUCCCGCCAUCUCUCUGCCGCCUGGCCGCACGCCCUUUAAUCCACUUCAGGAGCUCAUCCUCCGCCUUGGUCCCAGCGACAACCAUCACGAAGCUGAGCCAGGUGUGAAGCGGUGAAGAUGACGACAGCGCGCUAUCGGCCCACCUGGGAGCUGGCUGCAGACCCUCUGGUCUCCUGUAAGCUGUGCCUUGGGGAAUUCCCUUUGGAGCAGAUGACCACUAUUUCUCAGUGCCAAUGCGUCUUCUGUACACUGUGCCUGAAGCAGUAUGUGGAACUCCUGAUUAAAGAAGGUCUUGAGACUGCUAUUAGCUGCCCCGACUCAGCCUGCCCCAAACGAGGACACCUGCUGGAGAAUGAGAUUGAAUGCAUGGUGGCCACAGAGAUGAUGCAGAGAUACAAGAAGCUUCAGUUUGAAAGAGAGGUGCUGUUGGACCCUUGUCGGACAUGGUGCCCCUCGUCCUCGUGCCAAGCCGUGUGCCAGCUGCAGGAGACUGACUCUCCUCCCCGGCCUCAGCUCGUGCAGUGUGCCGUCUGCGCUCUGGAGUUCUGCUCAGCCUGUAAGGCCAACUGGCACCCUGGACAGGCCUGCCGCGAGAGCCUGCCCAUCGCCACCUUCCUCCCCGGGGAAAACAGCUCUUUAUAUAAGAACGAGGAGGAUGAUGCUCCUAUUAAGCGCUGUCCCAAAUGCAAAGUGUACAUAGAGCGUGAUGAAGGCUGUGCACAGAUGAUGUGCAAGAACUGCAAACAUGCAUUCUGCUGGUAUUGCCUGGAGUCCCUUGAUGACGACUUCCUCCUGAUCCACUACGACAAAGGGCCCUGUCGGAACAAACUGGGCCACUCCCGGGCUUCAGUCAUCUGGCACAGAACGCAGGUGGUGGGGAUCUUUGCAGGCUUCGGGCUCCUGCUCCUGGUAGCCUCUCCAUUCCUGCUGCUGGCCACGCCCAUUGUGUUGUGCUGUAAAUGCAAGUGCAAUAAAGGGGAUGAUGACCCACUGCCCACCUAACACUGGCAGCUCUCUCCAGACACUGCUGUGUUUCUCCCUCCUUUUGUUUUCCUCCACCUGCUUCAUGCGCUUCUGUUUGGGCUGUGCCACGAGGAGCCGGGCCUCAUGACCGAGGUGAAGGUUGGAGCUCGUCUGGAGACUCUGUGUGCUGGGCUGUAGGUGGAUUUGGGAGAUCAGGACAGGACCAUGUCCAGGCCCUGGUGUGACCCAGUGAUUACAUCAGCAGAUAUUUUAUAUGCAGCAUUUCUGUUCAGAACAUCUACAGCUCUUCUCCACCACCACACUUCGAUGUAGCAUUCGAGUCUCCCUCUGAACAGGUGGGUGUGAGGUCAUUAGCACACAGAAGAUGGUUUUACUUUUGUCCUGGCAGUGGCGCUCUUGUUCAUGUACAGUUCUUUGAUGAUGUCAUUAUUUUAAACUGGCAGAACAGCGGACAGCUGUGUUUCUACUCGAAACACUUUUAAAUGGUUCAAAGUUCAAUUAUUUUUUAUUCUGCUGUGUUGGAGAGUGCUGUUUGUUUCCCUUGGGCAUCUCUGAAGUAUGUGGAUCUCGAGGAGCACACUACUUUUAUUUCACACGUAAACAAUGUCAGCUUGUGUUGGAUUGACGGACAAUAUUUCACUUUACGGUUUUAAAUCUCUAAGUCCAGUGCCAUCUUCAUGUGUUCUUCCUGUUCUUGCCCUGAAAGUGAAAACCAACACACAGAUUUUGUUUUUAUCUGACUGGCCGUUUUUUAUGCUAUUCAGUCCUUUUUCCCUAAACCAGAAUUAUUUUAAAUGGCAGAGAAAACCAAAACAGAAGCAUACCUUCAUAACAACAUAACCAGGUCCUGGUAUGGAUCUUACAGAACCAGUUUUGUACCAACCAUUCUUUACACUAUUGUCCUUUAGCCUGCACUGUGUUUGUUUGAAUGCAGUAGAAAUGUGUUAAUGAAGUGCAUUACUGUUGGAGCAGCCGAAUACAUGUCCCCAGUUCAUACCUGGCAGGAUUAGCCAAAUAGAAAAAAGUAGCCUUAAAAUGAGACUAGCCAAAACCUGGCAAUUUCCAUGUGGGGUCUGAAGUUUCCCAGGGAAAGCCUGUGGAUGCAUGUGCACUCCUUAGUACUAUAAACCCUUUAUACUCCUAAGAUUGAAUGAUGUCCUUCAAAUGCCUCUGAUGAUGGCUAUAAUCUACAGGUGUUUUUUAUUUGGGUUGUGUUCAGUGAGAGUUUCCAGAUAAGAUGUCUGCAUUGUCCCCAGACACAACAUGAGAUGCAUAAUCUACAGCACCCUAUAGCUCCAGCUGCAAACUUAACAUUGCUACUAGUUCGUGUGAGCCACAGUGAGCCUCCAACAUAUUCAAAACUCAAGCUGCUUCUUUUCUCUGGCUAACUCUGUAAAUACCGAUUUCACAAGAAUCGUAAAAAAUAUGCCAUUUUGCAUUGCCGCUAUUUUGACAAACCUGGUCAAAUUGUGACUGAUACACAAAGGCAAAGUCUAAUCCUUAGCCCCUCAUCUCAACAUACAGUAUAUUCCAUCAUGUUACUCUGAGUCCAGGCAGUUAUACAGUGGUGGGCUGCUGUGGAUGCUUUUAGGUCAUUUUUGAAUAUGUGAGGUAUGUGGUGUUUUGUUUAGAUACAGAUUAUCUAAAAUGUUUACUGUGUGCCACAUGGAGCGGGUUGGAACAAUGUACGGAGACUGGUCGUACACAUUGCUUAUACUGCCACGUGACGCAGAAUCUUCUGAUAUGCAACCUUCCCCUACAGCAGGGCCAUCCGUGGCACAGCGCUCGGACACUCCCAAGGGCUGCAGCACAACUCCUCCUCUCCUGCACUCUCUGCCCCCUCUGAGCCUGUAUCACUUUGUCUCUAUGAAAUCUGUUGGUUGUAUAGGCCUACCUGUUUGUAAAAUGGCAGUUUUGUUCAUUAUAAACAUUCGACCUGUUUAA